GUUACAUUGUAUGGAAAUUUUAACAAAUGUUAAGGUGCGACAGUAAAACGAUUACGUCGCUAACAUUGCAUAGACGGCGCCCUUUAUACCAGAGAUUGGAUGUGCUUAUCUUCAUAUUGCUUCUCUUUUAUACUUUAAAAUGGUGCUAUGACACCUCUGGUCGACAAUUAACUGAAACUCUUCAUAAGCAACGCGAUGUUCAGUUAUCAGAGUUUGAAGGAACUUUCGGUGAAGGGAUGGUUUAUGAUUUUAAUGCCCAUGAAAACGUUUUUGAUAACGUAGUUGGAGAAGAGAGCCCAAAUAAUAUCAGCGCUAUUGGAAAUGAAGGCGAUUACUCUUGGUUUUUUAAACCAGAGUCAUCAUGGUUUUAUCAAGUUGAAGCAACUUUUAACAAAGAAGAAGAGCUGCCUUACUUUUGGCAACCAGACUUUUGGGCAUCUUUCACUUUAUGCGUUAUUAUUUCUUUAGUCAUUCUUUGGCAGUUAUUGCAGUAUUGGUCCGUUAGUUUUAAAGCUUUUAUUACCUGUAAAACCGUUAAAUCGUUGGGAGAGGCCCACUUAGUCAAAGUUAUUCCUCGUAAGCACCGCGGAAAGCCUUCGCUGGUGGAGCUUACUGACUUAAAUUCUAAAAGGCCCAGCUUCGUUUUCCAGAAAGUCCGUUUUGAGUAUACUUGCGAAACUAAUUCUUUCGAGAAAGUAAAGUGCAAUUUAAAUACGCCUAUCUCUAGUUUUAUUAGCAGCACCGGGAUCAACAACGAUGAUGAAGUUAAGGAAAAGCGAAGGCGCUUCGGUCUUAAUCGAUUUGAGAUUCCCAUGCCCACCUUUUUGGAAAUGUAUAUAGAGCAAAUCACGUCUCCCUUUUUUGUGUUUCAAGUCUUUUGUGUUGCGUUGUGGUGCUUGGAGGAAUACUGGCAGUACUCUUUAUUUAACUUGGUAAUGAUACUCGGCUUUGAAGCUUCCGUAGUGCAAUCAAGAAGAAUGAACAUCCAAAAAAUUCGCGGGAUGGGAAACAAAGCAACCGCGUGUGAAGCGUUUCGGAACAAAAAGUGGAUUUUGCUUUCUACAGAAGACUUAGUUCCUGGAGACUUGAUCCACAUUCAAGGCGGAAAGGAGGACGAAGCAACUAUCCCCUGCGACUGCUUGCUUUUAGAAGGAUCUGCUGUUGUUAAUGAGUCUACGUUGACUGGAGAAAGUAUUCCUUUAUUAAAGGAAGCCAUCGCGCCUUCCGAGAGAAAUCUCGACGCAAAAAGCGAAGACAAGAUUCAUGUCCUUUUUGGCGGGACGCAACUUCUGGAGGCCCGAAACGAAGCCGGAAAAGUCACGUGUUAUGUACUUCGAACGGGAUUCGCGUCUUCUCAGGGAAAACUCGUUAGGCGAAUCGAAUUCAGUACUGAAAAGGUGACGGGCGAUUCUUUAGAGGCGGCUUUACUUUUGGGCUUUUUGCUUUGCUUUGCCUUGCUUUCUUCGGGAUACGUGCUUCAUCGCGGCUUGAGUGAAGGAAAGCGUUCAAGAUUUGAUCUUCUUUUGCACUGCAUUCUGAUUAUCACGUCUGUCGUUCCGCCGGAUCUCCCCAUGCAGAUGGCUCUCGCAGUGAACACCUCUCUGUCGGCUUUGAUGUACCUUUCUGUGUUUUGCACCGAACCCUUUCGGAUUCCUCUUGCAGGCUCCGUUUCGGUGUGUUGCUUCGAUAAAACGGGCACGCUGACUUCUGAAAGAUUGCAGGUAGCAGGAGUGGUUCCUUCCUCUCUGGAAGCACCAAAAAACUUCACCACUUUGAUUCCCGCUGAAAAUGCACCGAAAGAAUUUCGCCUGGUCGUUGCUGCCUGCCAUUCGGUCUUCUUUUCUUCCGGAAAACUCCACGGCGAUCCGCUGGAGGUCGCUGCUCUUCUGAGCAUCUCGUGGGGAAGCGAUGGGCGCUAUGCACUUCCGCUUGAGUUGUUUCAUAACGAAUCGAAAUGCAUGAAGGGGGCGCCUGUAGAAAUUCUUCAUCGCCAUCACUUUUUAUCUUCUCUGCAGCGGAUGUCCGUUAUUGCCAGCUAUUCUGAACAUCGCGGAAAUAAAAGGUUUUACUGCUUUGCAAAAGGCAGUCCUGAACGCAUUUACACUCUUUUGAAAGACUCUGUGAAACACAAACCUAUUUGGUAUAACGAAGCCUACACUGCGCUGGCCAAGGAGGGCUACAGGAUCAUCGCGUUGGCAUAUAGAGAACUCGCUAGUAAAGAAUUGCAGCAUUGCUGCAAAGACAGAGACCUUGCAGAAAGAAACUUGACGUUUGCGGGGUUUCUGACUUUCAACUGCCGUAACAGAAGCGACACUAAAGAAGUCCUCCAGGAAUUGAUAGAAUGCAAAAACAACGUGUGCAUGAUUACCGGCGACUCUUUGUAUACGGCAGCCCACGUGGCUUCCGAGGUUGGGAUUGCCCGUGCCGACAAGUCGCUCAUUUUGUUUUUGAAGAAAACAGAAGCUGAGCUUGCCUGGGUCGACUUUGAAUUCGAAUCGCUGCGCGUUCGUUAUUCU